AAAGAAAGAUUCCUAGGCCAUUUCGUGGACGCCGGGUGAGAGAGCGCAUCUGUGGACGCUGAGCCGGAGUAGGAGCGGGAAGAUCCAUCCGAUUGUGUGGAUUUGAGCCUUCGCAUUUCUAACCCACGAUCUCGAAAUGCAUCGUGAUUCUUGUCCAUUGGACUGUAAGGUUUAUGUAGGUAAUCUUGGAAACAAUGGCAACAAGACUGAAUUGGAACGGGCUUUUGGCUACUAUGGACCACUCCGAAGUGUGUGGGUUGCUAGAAACCCUCCUGGCUUUGCUUUUGUUGAAUUUGAAGAUCCCCGAGAUGCAGCUGAUGCUGUCCGAGAACUAGAUGGAAGAACACUUUGUGGCUGCCGUGUAAGAGUGGAACUCUCGAAUGGUGAAAAAAGAAGCCCACCUCCGUCUUGGGGUCGUCGUCCUCGAGAUGAUUAUCGUAGGAGGAGUCCUCCACCUCGCCACAGAUCUCCAAGAAGGAGAAGCUUCUCUUGCAGCCGGAGCAGGUCCCUUUCUAGAGAUAGGAGAAGAGAGAGAUCACUGCCUCGGGAGAGAAAUCACAAGCCGUCCCGAUCCUUCUCUAGGUCUCGGAGCCGAUCUAGGUCAAAUGAAAGGAAAUAGAAGACCAGUUUGCAAGAGAAGUGGUGUACAGGAAAUAACUUCAUUUGACAGGAGUGUGUACAGAAAAUUCAAGUUUUGUUUGAGACUUCAUAAGCUUGGUGCAUUUUUAAGAUGUUUUAGCUGUUCAAAUUUAUUUGUCUCUUGGAACAGUGACACAUAUGAUGUAAUUCUCUAUGGUUUGAAAUGGAUCAUAUGAGGCAUGUAAUACCAAUAAUUGUUACUUUACAAUGUUCCCUUAAGCAAAAUUGAAUUUGCUUUGAACUUUAGUCUUGAAUAGACUGAAAAUAAACCUCUAAAUCCUGCCCAGCUAAAGUGUGAUGUUCUAAUGUUAUAGGAACAAAACUGGCAAAAAAAAAAUCAGAUUUCCCUUUUUUCAUAGCUGAAGUAUAAUACACAGGUGUAGAUGAAUAAGCAGUCUUUAAAAGCAGCUGUGAACACAGGCAAGCAGGUAAAGAUGAUAAAAUCAGCACUAUUAAACUAGAGGUUUUGUAAAAUCCAACUAGUCUUCACCCCUGGGCAGAGGUUGCCUAACUGGUAUAGAAUCUGAUAAGUUUCAAGAAAAUUUACCUUUGCUUAGGUCAUAAGUUCUUAUGUGAUUGCUAUAUGUGAAUGCAUAGCUAUUUGUAACGUUCAUUAUUUGUAAAUUUGAGGUUUUAAAAUACCAAUGUCCUGCCAGUUUAAGGGUACAUUGUAGAGCUGAACUUUUUUGAGUUACUGUGCAAGAUAUUUUUUUUUCCAUGCUGUCAUUUGUAAUAUGUUUUGUGAGAAUCCUUGGGAUUAAAGUUUUGGUUACAAAUUGUUGUUUAACUUGAAAGCCUGUUUUUCCUUGCAAACUCAAAUCUGAGCUUGGUACCAAGUCCAGGUAUAACAUUCCUAUUGGAAGCCAUACUUAUAUUUUCUUGUAAAGUGCUUUUGAAUUAAUAAAAUAUUAGCAUAAUUGUA